AAAAAAAAAAAAAAAAAAAAACGGUGACACCCUCCCCGUAAAAUCAAAAAGGAAGAGAAAACUCACCCCAAAAUCCCGACUGAGAGAGCUAUCUUCGGCCACUCCCUAAACCCAGAAAGAAAUUGUUUUCGGGCGGCGGCUCCAAAGAGGUUUUCUCGGCGUCUCCGGCCACUACUCGGCCUGCUCCGGGCAAUUCUCGGUUGGUUGAGACUGGCUUGCAGUAGGAGCUGAAGCUAGAUGAAUGAGUCACUGGAGGAUUUUAAUUGCAAAAUCAAUUUCGGGUGCAGAUUGAAUUGUUCACUGUAUCAGAUUCAGAGACUUGAUGACACUGAAUUUAGAAAUCAUUGGGCAAGAGCUUAUAUAAGGUCUCAACGGUAAUCAACAACAACCAUCAGCAUAAAUUAAAUGUUUACCAAUGAUCGGAGACAAGAAGAGCGAACUGGAAAAUAUGGAAGUCCAAGGCUGCAAUACCUUCAAGAAUUGGUGAGUCAGUUUCAAAACUCUACUGAUGAAGAAACAAAAGAGAAAAUUGCAGCUAAUUUGGCAAACUUUGCAUAUGACCCGUACAAUUAUAAAUUCCUGCGCCAGCUCAAUGUUUUGGAACUUUUCCUUGACUGCAUGACAGAACCCAAUGAGAGGCUUGUGGAAUUUGGGGUUGGUGGGAUCUGCAAUUCUUGCGUUGAUUUAGCAAAUGCUGCAAUUGUCACUCAGAGUGGUGGGAUUCCUCUUACAAUUCAAUGUUUAUCAAGCCCAGUUAGAAACACUGUGAAUUAUGCACUUGGAGCUCUUUAUUAUCUCUGUAACGCAUCUAAUAAGGAAGAGAUUUUAAAGCCAGAAGUGGUUGAUAUCAUCAACAGGUAUGCUGCAGCCGAAGCUGUAAGUGUCAGCUUCAGUAAUCUGGCUAAGGCAUUUUUGGACAAACAUGUCAGAGCAAGUGAGGCCUAAAGCCUGCUUCUCAAGGUGGCUCAUUUACAAUUCGUUCCCUUUCUUCGCUAUAGCUUGUGUUGGUUCCUUGUUUGUUCUAAUCAUUACUCAAAUCCUUGUAUUGGAAUUCUGUCGUAUGGUUUUAUGAUGGAAUUAUGUAAUAUUUUGGGUUACACCAAUAUGUAAGUCUGGGACAAAGGCUCAGGUUGUUAUUGGACAGGGAUAGCAGUAAAAAUUUAAAUGGAGACGAGGAACAAGAUCCCAGUUUAUUUAUAUUAAA